AUGUCAGAAACCGCUCACCCGUCGCUCAUAACUUCCAAAGACGAUCUAUUCAAAUAUACCUCUGGCAGAUGGAUCCAUAAUGAACAUUUGCGUUUGGCCGAACGUUACCUCCAGUUCGACAUACCUGCUCUCCUGAACGUUAUCGCUGCCGCGUCUGGCCAUAUGACCUCUGACAUCGUUUCCUUUUCCAAGUUGGCUGAAGGUGGAUUCAACCGUUUGUUUCAAGCGACCUUCAGAGAUGGAAAGCAUGUCAUUGCUAGACUACCAUAUCCUUCUACGGUGCCCGAACGCUACACAGUUGCCAGCGAGGCUGCUACUUUGGACUAUCUCCGGCUACAUGGAUUUCCUACUCCGGAGGUGUAUGCUUGGUGCGCAACAAAAGCAAAUCCGGUUGGUGCUGAGUACAUUAUCAUGGAGAAGUUGGACGGCACCCCUCUGGGCGAUAUAUGGUACUCGAUGACACCAAAAGAACAACACAAAACCAUGAAACAGAUUGUUGAGUGGGAGGCACGAUUGAUGUCAAUGGAGUUUCCUGCAAUUGGGAGUAUAUACUAUCAGAGGGAUCUUCCAACGGGAAGAAAGGUUCCACUAUCUGGGCAGCUUGCCAGUGAGUUCUGUAUAGGACCAAUGGCACAUUACAGUUGGUGGCACGGAGAAAGAAGCACGCUUGAUAUUGACAGAGGCCCCUUUGGUAGACGGGAGAUGACUUGGGUCAAAGCCUGUGCGAAACCUCGUCUUCCUUAUGAGCGCCUAUAUAGGGAGAUAUACGGGUUUUGCCAAGUCUCCCCUAAUCGUCACAUUGAGAAUCUGUCCGAGUAUUUAACCUUGGCGCCUUGUCUCGGUUUCAGGAUGGGUUCAUCACUGGAUCGGCCGGUCAUCCGACAUCCUGAUCUUCAACCGAAUAAUGUUCUCAUAUCAGAUGCGAAUGAGGUUGUCGGAUUAGUUGAUUGGCAGCAUUGCACUAUCCUUCCCCUUGGGCUUGCAGCUGGUAUACCGAAAUAUUUCCAAAAUUAUGGUGACCCUGAUUCGGAAAAGCUGAUAGAGCCCCGAAUCGAUCUCCCAUCGAACUUCGAGACUUUGCCCGAGUCUGACCAGUUCGCGAUACGGGAGGCUAUCCGAAAAAGGCUGGUACAUUUCCUUUAUGCCGCUUUCACGAAGCGGCUGAAUGAAGAACAUUAUGACGCAAUGUUUGACGAGUCCGCUAUCUUGCAUCAGCGUCUUUUCAAGAGUGCGGGUAGUCCUUGGGAAGGGGACUCGAUAACUCUAAAGGCUGACAUGAUCCGCGCCGUACAAUGCUGGACGAGUCUGAUCUCAGCCCACUCUGUCGGAUAUGGCCGGGAAACAUGUAGCACGCCCACAGUCACAUACCCAGACAGAGUUGUCCGUGAUAUUCUGGCUUUAGACGCGCGACAGAGAGAAGCUGACGUCGCAAUGGAUCAAAUGCGGGAUGUUUUAGGUAUCGACAUUCUGGGCUGGGUGCCAAAUGACGAAUACGAAACUGCGAAAGAAAAAGCGCGUGAGUUAAAAGCCAAGAUGCUUGACGCGGCCGAGACCGACGAAGAUAGAAUAGGGAUUCAAAACCACUUUCCCUUUGACGAUUUUGAUGAGAACUCCUGA